AUGGCGGAAUCUUCUUCGACUCUCCUCUCGAAAUCUAGAGAUCUUCUCGAGACUCCAACCCACGGAAGAUUCGAGCUUUUACUCAACCAACUCGCUACUCCACAAGAAGAAACCAUAGAAUUCCAAUCAGCAAUUUCUCUUUUCAAUUUCUGCGUAUCGAAAUUCCCAAAUUGCUUAACCCUAAAGCUUCUCAAAGUCUAUCAAUCUUCUUCCGAUGACGACUUCAGAUUCCAAUCAAUCCAUCUCCUUUCUUCAACCCUCGAAGUAUUCCGAAACCGCAAAACCCAUCUCUCUCAUAUCGCGCUCGAAGAAAUCAAACCCAUCUUGAUCUCAUGCUUGAAGAUGAAGAUACAAGAAACCCACAUUGAGAUCUUACGAAAAAUCGUGUCUUUAUUAGCUUACGAUGUUGUCUCUUUGGAUCAUAAUGGUGGAUUGGAGUGGGAAGAGCUUAGUGAUUGUAUCCUUUCCUUUGUAAAAACCCAACCUUUAAUGGCUUUUCAUUUGUUCGUCGAAUUGCCUCGACUUUAUUGGAGAUUCAUUGAAGGGUUUAUGGAGGGAAUCGUUGAGGAAGCUGAGAAAGUGUUGGCUAAUCUUAAGGAAGAUAAUGUUGAAGAUUGGAGUUUGAGUUUAGAGACUCUUGUUAAGAUGAGCAUACAGAUUUUGGAUUCGGAUAAUGUCGAAGAUUGGCGAUUGGAUAUGGUAAAGUGUCUUUUGUUCAUUCUUGUCAAGUCAGUGAAAGAGUUAGUGAAGAAAGGAAUGGAAGAGUUUGUGCUACAAGGGCUUGAGAAUCUUGAGAGGUUCUUGUUUAGAGAUAAGGAAUUGUACGGUUAUAGUAAGGAUCAGUGUGUGUUCGUGUCGACUUUCACGUAUAAGAUUAAAGAACUCGGAACAAAGAUCAUUGAGGUCGCGGAGAAGAUACAUCGGUUGGUUACUCCUACCAAGGAGAAUGAAGGUUUUGAUCGGUUCUGUUUCGAACAAUUGAACACUUUAUCGUUGUUUGAUAUCGUGAGAAUCUUUGCGUCUGCUGAUCAGAGGUUUAAAGAUAUUGCAAUUAGACGGCUAAACCUCUUACUGUCUGAUGAUGACAAUCCGAAGAGAGUGGGAAUCGAUGUUUCUUUGUUGAGGAAACUCCAGACAUUMCUCGUCUCUUGCCUUACGAAAGAAGGGAUCUCUGAGAGUAUGUUCAGAAUCACUGGUGAGGUUGUGUACCAAGUUGCGUAUGAGAUGAUGAGCUUCCAAGAUGAGAUAUGGUUCGGUCUAUGGGAUUACAUUGUAUCGAAAAGCAAAACGGAGUUUCAGAGAGCGGUUUACAUCUUCCAGUGCUUAAACAUGCCGCUUGACGAGGAAGAGUUUGUGAUUCCUGUGAUGGAUAAUCUUCUACCAGAGAUAAAGGAAAGGUUAAACCCACCAAGUGAGGUAUUAGUAGAUAACAGUGGAUGGGUCUUGGCGUUUACGGGUGCCUUCUGCGGGAUUAUUCACUUGAUAGAGAUGGAGGAUCACGCUGAAUCGGUUAAGGAGAUUGCGUAUAAGAUGGUAGAUUCAGUGAGAGAGCUUGUGGAAAAGGAAAUGGAAGUUGGACUUGUGAGGAGAGCUUUCAGAGAUGUGGAAAACAUUUUGAAGAAACAUGUGGAAUGGUUUGGUACAAGUGAAUACAAAUUCGUUAAAGGUCUGCUUUGGAGACUUUAUGCAAUCAAAGGCAUGAAAAUGGAGAGUAGGAUUGUGUUGUGGAGGAUUAAUGUUCGACUCGUGAGAGGUGUGACUGAUCUGUUUAAAGAACUCCUAGAGAGUGAGCAUAAUUGGCUAGACCAAUGGGGAAUGAUCUAA